AUGGGAACCGUCACCGGGUGGAUGUGUCGGUUGCUACUGCUUUCUUUGGUAUUGUUUCUACUUACGUUUUUCGGUUUAGGUGUGGCUUUGUUUGCUAUCAACGUCAAUGACAAGAGCACAUUCAAACCCUAUGCAUCCGAUCGUUUUGUACUUCCAUUUCCACCACUAUUUGAUGAGUUUGAGUUGGAUGGCAAUAUAGCUGUAAAGUCUUCUGUGUCUAAGACCCGUGGUAAUCCGGAGACUUGCUGGCGUCGAGUUGCCCCUGAAUAUGAGACAUAUAUAUCAGGAAAGGGGCGUGUAUUCGAGUAUGUAUCGCCUAAACGUUUCACUGUCGGCGGGGACAUGCCGCCAGGGUGGCUGUCGUACACUCCCCUGGAUUCCAUGGUACUAGUCAUACUUGAUGGCGCACGUACCGACUAUGCCCUCUACGAUCCUACCAUGAAGGCAGAUGAGGCUCGUGCAGUGUUCACUAACCAUAUGCCGGUAUAUCAUGAAUACCUAUCUUCUCCUUCGACUCGCAACAACUGUCGUUUUUACCGUUUCGAAGCGCCAACUCCUACCUUCACGGUGUACUCUUUAAAAUGCCUUUACACGGGUGAGACUCGUCGUGGCAACAUGAUGGCACAAUCGACCUCGGUCCAGCAACUUGAAUUGGACAACGUAGGAUAUCAGUUGGCGGACAACGGUGAUACUCUUUGUCCUUUAGGUGAUAAAAUAACUUUUAGUUUUAUGGGUCCUGACCGCAUAUUCUUAGACUACACUGGUACGGGAAUCGACAUUUAUGACAUGGAACGUCCUGAUUCGCUUGUUACGGCCAAUUACAAGGAAUGUUUGGAUCGUUGUGAUGUUAGUAUUUUGCAUUUGCUGGCGAUAGAUCACUUGGGUCAUGCGGGUAAGCGUGUAAGUCCGGAAAUGACCUAUUACUUGGAUGACUAUGACACCUUUUUGCGUAAGGUCCUUUCGGAAGCAAGUGAGAAGACGAAUAGUAUGGUAUUUGUGUUUGGUGACCAUGGUCAAAAGACCAACGGAUCUCAUGGUGGUGGUACAAAGGAGGAAGUGGAUUCUUUUUUGUUUGUAUUAUCUGAUCUGGAGUUGACUAAGGUUUCGAGUGGUAGUUGUCACAACAACGACGCUCCAAGAGGCUACGCUAAAGAUCACAAUGUUCUUAAUGGCGAGUUUUCUUUGAGUUACCCUGUCCAUAAGUCUGCGCACAUCAAUAUGGCAAGUACACUAAGCUUGUUGAUGAACAAGCCUAUGCCUUACCACAGUGAGGGCAGUUUAAUAAAGGAUGUGGUACCAUUGAUAAAGGACUCACGUGGUCACGUGAAUAAGCUCCUUUCCAAGAAAUAUAUGACGCAAUUGCUUCACGUUAUUGCGCAUCAGAUGUUGCGUACGAUAGACACUACCGUAUCGGAAUCUGACAAGCUCAAGUACGUCCAAGUAUAUUCUGCUGUAUCUCGUGAGCGUGCAGUGUUAUCUUACUACUACAGUUUCGUGCGCAGCAUGGGACGUGACCAGUUUGUUCCCACAGUGAUGAUGGAUAUAUGUACUGCAUACAUGGAUCAGUGUGACCGUGUUAUUGCUGCUUCUAAGAAAUUGCUUGGUUUAACAAACAUGGCUGUUACUCCUGAGUAUAUGGUUUCUUCGAUUUUGUUUAUGGCGUUAGCGUGGAUGCUUUCGACCUACCUAAUUCUGGCGGCGUGUCAUAUAGGUUACAGGUCUAAGCUUUCGGAAUCUGAGUUACCCCUUUCGACGAAUCAAGGGUUCGGUUCUGUGACGAGUGUAGUAUCUCGCUGCCUUAUUAAAUUGAUAUUGUCUGGUGUGACGUCUGGUGCGAUAGUGUCUCACAUGGAGUACGUAAAGUCACAGGGUCCUCAAAACGCACGGGUGCCUCUACGUCUCUCUGUAAGCAUCUUCAAACGUUUUUUAGGACCAUUUGAGCGCUGGUGUCAACUUGAUGGCCAACCGCCGGUAUUUUACUUUUUGUGCUACCUUGUGUUCACCUUUGCGACGUUGUUUUUGCUUGACAUCCCAUUUUUUGUACGUCGUUUUCUCUUCAUGUAUCGUAAUACCAAAUCGUUUGAACAACCGUUGCCCAUUGGCAACUUUGAACCUCAUUUGGAUGCAUUUUUAUCAAAUAUUGGAUCGUUCAAUCCUGUUUGGCCCAUAUUGCUACUGUACGUUGUGUUGGUGAUCAAGACCCUCGUAUCACAAUGCGCCAUUCUGUCUCACGACACACUGUUACAUCAUAUUGUUUUAUUUUGCUUGUAUUUUGCGAUAUAUCCAGCUGUAAAACGUAUGGGUUCUCUGAGAUUGGACGGUGCCUAUGUGAACUUCGGUGCGAUUUGUUUCGUGUUAAAGUUUUCCUACUUGAUCCACUACUUUGUGGAGGCCAGGCAUAUAGGAGGCAUGUUACCAAGUUGGUACGUUCGUGUGAACGAUUUGUUGCGUACAUUUGAGAUUGGAGCGUUUGUAUUGACAUUAUUUUACGUAACUCUGUUAUUUUUGCUUAGUGGUACCGAGGUUCCUGGCGCUGAUGUAAGGUCGUCAUCUCCGCUCAAAGAGCUUUACAGUACCCCCGUGAAUCGCUUACUGUUGCGAUUCAUGUGGAGCUUACAGUACUUGUUGUUGUUGUUCCAUUACGCUAUGAAGUGUGAACGGCAUUAUGUUACUGGGCCACUUGUAAAUUGGCUCAGCAUCCAUUUGGCUAAGGCUCGCAACGCAGUGGUUGCAAGAACGCUCUUGGGUGUCUAUAGUGCUAGAGCGUUCGCUGUUUUGGCUAUUAUGGUAUGGUUGUUAUUUGUUGUGAACCCCUUCGGUCUGGUGGACAGCAGUAAUGGAGGACCUCACCAUCGGUCAAGCCGUUUAUUUUGGUGUAUAGUGAACAUGUUUUGGAUGACGCUGCUCCUGAACGGUCCCAGCAAAGCACUGGGUACAUAUAUGUUCGCAUGUGUGUUGUAUAAUAUGUUAGCUUUACUGUUAAAGUUGCGUGUAAGUACCCGUUUGACUUACGUGGUGUUAUUUUUGGUCCUGUGUGACCUGAUGUAUUUUGUUGCUGGUCAUCAGGAUUCUGUCUUUGAGCUUGAUUUCGACUCUGCAUUUUUAUUUUUUGACUCAUAUGUUGGUAGUCUAUGUGCUCUUGCUGUAUUUUUUGCGUUUGCAAUUUUUAACAUUGAUGUGAUCUGCGUGUUAUUUUAUACAUUCCUUUUACGGAGCGAGAUGGACUACAUAUCUUUUAAUUCCGAUAAUGGCGAUUCUACGUCAUUGCCUGAAAAGAGGCAUUUAUCGGAUAAUAAGCUGCAUUCUUGGGUGUAUUGCGACAUAUUUGCCGCUGUAGGGGGGUACACUUUUAUGGCAUGUAGCCAUAUGUUGUUCGUUUUGUCAGUUUUGUACGCUUUAUCGGAGAAUCAAUGCGUGAGUUUACAACAUUACUUUUUUUCACGUUUCGAAGGCCAUCACUGA